AAGAAAGAUGCGUCGAUAAUAGAUAUGCUCACUGUUAUGUGGGCCCAUCAUGUGAUGAAACUAAGAAAUGCGGAAUGUGUGAAGCCACAAGACACAACACAAGUAGUUACGCAGAUGAUUGUCAAAAAUAUUGUAGAUGCAGUGAUAGGGACAUGUAUAUCGAGCAAUGUGCCAGCGGCCUGUACUACGAUAAAAUCUCAGGAGAAUGUGCCUGGCCUGAAAACGUAGAUUUAAAAUCGCACUGCUCGCUGAUAACUGACUGUACCAGAACUUCCAAGUUAAUACCCCAUAAUUAUCAAUGUAACCUAUACUAUAGAUGCGAAGACGGAAACAAAUAUCUCGCAGAAUGCCCUGGUGCAUCAUCUUUUGAUUAUGUACUUGGAACCUGUGUAGAUAAAGAGGCCCAUUGUUAUCAUGAAUAUUCGACAAAUAGAAUGGUCGAUUACUGUAUAGGGCACUGUCCGGAGCAGACGUCUUCUAGUCCGAUUAUCCGUUUGCAACACAGAGAUUGCAACAAAUACUGCAUAUGUUCAAUGGGGGCUCCUUAUGUCGUCACUUGCCCUGGAUGUAGUCGGUAUGACAGUCAACAGCAGACCUGUGUACCUUCAGUUCUUUGCAACUGCGACUUACGAGCAAGCAAAACUUUGUGGUCGGAUAUACCAUUUGUAAAUAAUUUUCUUUAAAACGUAAUGCUGCUUUUAUAUAUUGUCUAAUUUAUGUAGUCUUUUAGGACGACUGCAUUAAACUUAAUCACAGAUCGCAAAUUUUCUGUAAAUAAUAAAAUUAAAAAUAAGUGACACCAUUCAAUUAGCAUUCAUUCUCAUACGUAUACAUACCACGAAAAGAUAUUAAUUUAAUUAUAUUCGAUUCAUCGCCAUGUAUAUUGUUACGAUUUUAUUUUGUAAAAGUGCGACUGAUUAGCAAAAACAUUACCAUAAAUGUAGUAGUUACAUACAAAGCAAAUGUAAGUCAAAGAUACCAUGUAAAAUAUAAAAGAUCGGAUUGUAAAACAUUCUAUGGAAAUAAAAGUUGUUCGAUGUUGCAUUAUAUUCUAUUUUGUUAAAUAACUUAUCAAAUUGGAUGUAUACCUAUAUGGAACC